UCAAAACAUCAUCUGCAAAUCUCACAAACAUCGAAGCUAAAAUAAGAAGACAAAACAAAAAAAAGAGUGUUUCUUUUGAAAUUCAAUUCAAACAACUAUUUUGAAGAUGAGUGCUACGAGCAAGACAUGGAUGGUGGCAGCGAGCAUUGGAGUCGUUGAGGCUUUGAAAGAUCAAUUAGGCGUUUGUCGUUGGAACUACCUUCUCCGUUCUGUGAAUCAUCAUCUCCGCAACAACGUCAGACCCAUUUCACAGACCAAGAGAUUCUCCUCCGCCGCCUCUUCCGCCGCUGUUGCUUCCGUCGGUAAUUCGAAACAAGCGGAGGAAUCUCUCCGGACGGUCAUGUAUUUGAGUUGUUGGGGUCCCAAUUGACGCUGACGGGAUCUUGGCAAGUUUCUUUGACAUCUCAAGCAAAAUUCCAAAUCAGAGUCAUCGAAUUGGAGAAAAAUCUGAAACCUUUCCUAUUCGUUGAACAAGAAUCAGGAGUUUGCAUAUGGCUCGAUUGGAUCCAAGACGGGUCUCAAAAUGAGCUAAAGGAGUCACCUUUGUUUAGUGGCUGCAAUGUAUAUAUACUCUCUAAUCUUAUCAUCUAUUUUUGUAAAGCCUUGCUCUUUAAUCAAUCGAUUAAUCUAUUCUCGAAGAUCACAGGUCUUGAUUCUA